GAAAAACUAAAGAAUAUAAUUCUUGAGAGUGAAUGCAUUUGNUCACGUCAAAAAUGGAUUUCUCUCUCAGCAUACGACUCUAGAUAAACUUCCGGACAAAAUAUUACUGAAGAUAUUCACUUAUUUGCCGCACCGGGAAGUGUCACGUUUAGCACGAGUUUGCAAGAAAUGGCGAAUGAUUUCAUGCGAUUCCAAGCUAUGGACGCACGUCUCUCUCAGACCCGAUGUGUCGGGACUUCAUGUAACGAGUAUGGAGUCACUCCUCGCCCUCAUAUCCAUAAGAUUUGGUCCAUCACUGCGUUAUAUAGAGCUGCCCAUUGAGUUGAUAACACAUACAGUACUCCACGAGUUGGCCAAUAAAUGUCCAAAUCUAACGAAUAUGUUAUUGGACUUCUCAACGGCUAUGCAAUUGCAUGAUUUCAAUGAUUUGCAUUCAUUUCCCACUAAAUUGCGAACGAUGUGUAUCUGUUUGUCUGAAGUUAUUUUUAUGGAGGGAUUUAUGCGGAAGAUCUAUAAUUUCAUCAAUGGUUUAGAAGUCUUGCAUUUAGUGGGAACUUAUGAGAAGGCAGUGGAGGAAGAGGAGGAAGAGAUCUAUGAAGUGGUUAACAUCCAUAAGCUUAAGAGUGCUGUUCCCAACCUACGAGUGGUUAACUUAUUUGGCAUUAAUUUUGUAGACGACAGUCAUGUAGACUCUCUAAGCAGUAAUUGCAUACAACUCGAGUGUUUAGCACUUAAUUUUUGUACGAAAUUCACUGGAAGUACAUUAAAGCUAUUGUUUCAUCGCUGCAAAAGACUUCGAUGUCUUCUUAUGCAACACACGAGUAAUUCAUUUCACAUGUUUUAUCCCUUCAUUAAUCAAUAUUUCAAAACAGAUCUACAGAGCGAUCAUAUGAUGUCUGUCGAGUGGGAAAAGACAAAUAUACAGGAAUUGGAUAUAACGGCCACAGAAUUGUCAACAGAUUGUCUGAUUGACGUGUUGUGUCGCAUACCGUCCAUCCGUUACUUAAGUGCCGGACAACAGGAUUGCUUCACUGAUUUGGUUUUGUAUGAGUUUAUGGAAAAGGGAAACACGAAGUCAUUGAUAUCAUUAGAUUUAGACCGAAAUGAAAAUGUUUCCGAAGAAGUGCUCUUAAAGUUCCUUAAAAUUCAGGCCCCAAUGCUUAGAGGGCUUCAGCUCUCGGGCUUACCUCAUCUCACAGAAUCAUUUUGGACUACAGUAUUGCCGUGGCUUAAGAAUAUUAAAGUGCUAGUAAUGGGAAUGCCUGAGGGUUGUUGUCAAAAGAUCCACCAGAAGAUCCAUAUCGACUCUCUCAUCGAUUCAAUCGCCAAUAAUUGCGGACAAAUCGAGCGAAUCGAAGGCCGUUGGGAUUCAGAGACUCUUCGCUUCUCCGACAGAAGCAGUAAAGCCGUCGAUGCGAUUAGAAUGAAAUGUUUAAGACUACGGUGCUUGUGCCUGAGUGAUGGUAAAUACUUUGAAAUGGUGAAAAGCAACUUCGAGAGGGCCGACAGGGCCACAGUUGUGCGCUCGACCACCAACUGUAGAGUCACUUUAGUCUAUUUGCUCUAUAAUUAUAAAGAUUUGAUAUUUAAUUAGCAUUUCAAUCACAAAUUCAACUCAAUUUUGUUUAGUUUUCAUUUGUCUGAAUUUGAGAUUAAGAAAUGUAUUUUAUAUGAAUUUCCAUCAGAUUAGUAUUGAAACAUCUGCAGGAAGUAGUAUAUCGAUAGCGUUUAAUGCGGGCAAUAGUUUAUAUCUGUUGUAGACUAUUAAGCAUUCAAAUAUUAUUAAAAUUUGUUAACCAAAUAAAA